UCUAUUGGGAAACCAUUACAGAAGCAAGGUCACGAAGACCAGACACUGCUGCAACAUGGUUUCAAAGGAAAUUAGAACAUUUCUGCUAUUGCUGCCACUAAACCUGGUUUAUGGAACUGAUCUCAUCAGAUAUGUUUAUCCUGCUUAUAAUAUAAAGAGCCAUGGGAGCAAUGAAAUAAAUUUGCAUCAAUCGGCAAGCAAAGAAGACAGUGAGCAUAAGAGCAACUCACAUUCUGCAAGUAAUGAGGUAAAAGGACAAGUAUACAAUGGUGAAUCUAAUUCUGCAAGUAAUCAAGUAAAGGGGAAGUACGCAUUUAAGAUUGAUGACAAUUCUGAAAGUCACCAGGUUAAGGACCAUUAUUCAAGGAAAUCCUCUGAAGAAAAGAGGCAAGAUGGUCACUCCAAUUCUGACAGUCACCAGAUUAAAGGUCAGUAUUCAAGGAGAUCCUCUGAAGAAAAUGGGAAGAAUGGUCACUCCAAUUCAGGCAGUAAUCAAGUUAAGGGUCAGUAUUCAAGGAGUUCCUCUGAAGAAAAUGGGCAGAAUGGCCAUUCCAAUUCUGGCAUUUAUCAGGUAAAGGGCCACUAUUCAAGGAGAUCAUCUUCCGAAGAAAACAAUCAGAGUACAGAUGCCAACUCAACAAGUGAUGAAUCUAAUGACCACAAUGCAGAAGUCAAUGAAGAAAACAAUGAAUCUGAUUCUUCUACCACUUCCUCUUCUUCCUCAGAAGAACGAAAUGGGGAGCCAGGACCACCUGGCCUACCUGGGCCAUAUGGUCCACCAGGAUACCCAGGAAAGCCAGGAUUUGGAUUGCCAGGGCAUCCUGGUAAACCUGGACCACCAGGUCCACAAGGAUUAUCAGCAGUUGGAAAACCAGGCCAUCCAGGAGAAGCAGGAAGGCCUGGUGUGUCAGGAUCUCCUGGACGAAAAGGGGAUAAAGGAUUACCAGGGAAGCAAGCAUCAAGAGGGCCUCCAGGACCCAGUGGACCUCCUGGACCAGCUGGGUUGUUUGUCAUUGGCAAACCAGGAGCAAAAGGAGAACCAGGCCAACCAGGAACCCUUGGAUUUCCUGGAAGAAAAGGGAGCCCAGGAUACUCAGGUCAACCUGGGCCAAAAGGGGAUAAGGGUGUUGGGAGUCCAGGGCGACCAGGUAAUAAAGGUCCUCCUGGACCACAUGGUCCACCAGGUACACCUGGACCAGAAGGUAAAGGACAUCCAGGAUCCUCAGGCCUUAAAGGCGAACCAGGUCACAAAGGUGAAAAGGGAUCAUCAGGAUUGCCAGGGGAGCCAGGUAAACAAGGCCAAAGUGGUCCAGCGGGACCACCUGGAAAUCAAGGGAUUGGAAAACCUGGAGGAAGGGGAUCUCAGGGCAUUCAUGGGAUGAAGGGCUAUCCUGGCCUGCAAGGCUUACCGGGUGCACCAGGAUUGCCAGGCUUAGGAAAACCAGGUCUCCCAGGGCUUAAAGGACACCCAGGUUCUCCUGGUGAAACUGGAAAACCAGGAGAGAAAGGAAAGAGUGGGUCACCUGGAGAAUCUGGACCACGUGGUCUGGUAGGACCACCAGGGCAUGCAGGAAAAAAUGGCCCAAAAGGUCCACCAGGUACAGUUGGUGUAUCAGGAGGAAAAGGUCAUCCAGGAAUAAUGGGUCCAAAAGGGCAGAUGGGCUCAAAAGGUGAGCUAGGAUCAACUGGUCAGCAAGGACCACCAGGGACCCCAGGAAAGCCAGGUUCAGAUGGUCAUAAAGGACUACCAGGUCCACUUGGUAAAAAUGGAAAUAAGGGACAUAUUGGGCCACAUGGAAAGCCAGGCAGUCCAGGUAAUGCAGGUCCUCAAGGACCACAAGGACAUCCAGGUGAACCUGGAAAGAAAGGACAUCCUGGGACACCUGGCUCAAAAGGCACAUCUGGGCUUCCAGGUUCUCCAGGGCACCCUGGAGUAAAAGGAGAUCCUGGCGUUCCAGGGACAGCAGGUCCAUCAGGUCCCCCAGGUAAAUUUAACGGAAAAGUCAUAAUGGGGCCAAAAGGUCCACCUGGACCAAAAGGACCAGGUGGGCCACCAGGCCCUCCAGGCCAACCUGGCCCAGCAGGUCAACCAGGAGAAAUUAUUGUGCACACAGGGAAGUACAAAGGUUAUAAUGGUUAUAUCACCUCAGGUGAUGUAGUGAGUCCUGUUCCAGCAUUUACUGCAAUUCUUUCUCAUCCUUACCGAUCAACGGGAAAACCAAUAGUCUUUGACAAAAUACUGACCAAUGCAAAUAGCAACUAUGAUUCAUCAAGUGGAAUUUUUACAUGUGAAAUAACAGGCAUCUACCAAUUUUUUUAUCAUGUACAUGUCAAGGAAGCAAAUGUUUUGGUUGGUUUAUACAAAAACAAUGAACCUGUAAUGUACACAUAUGAUGAAUAUUCACCACAAUAUGUUGAUCAUGCCUCAGGAACUGCGAUCUUACAUUUGGAGGAAGGUGACAAAGUAUAUGUAAAGUUACCAACUGAAAAGUCCAAUGGUUUAUAUUCUUCUGAAUAUAUGCAUUCGUCUUUUACUGGAUUGUUAAUUACACCAUCAUGAUGUAUGUCAGUUUUAAGAGACAGGGUUGUGAGUCUAAAUCUGACAGUCAGAUGACAUUGUAGGGUAAUUUACAAAAGUGACAUAAAUACCCAAAGAAUGGCAGACCAAGAAAGCAUUACAGUACAUUCGUACAAAGA